AUGGCCCCGUACAACAUCGUUGUCUUUGCCGGAGACCACUGCGGUCCCGAGGUUACCGCUGAGGCUCUCAAGGUCCUGCGUGUCAUUGAGAAGAGCCGCGAUGACCUCAGCUUCAACCUUCAGGAUCACUUGCUUGGUGGUGCAUCGAUCGAUUCGACUGGAUCUCCCCUGACCGACGAGGCCCUGGAGGCUGCUAAGAACGCUGACGCCGUUCUGCUCGGUGCCAUUGGAGGACCGAAAUGGGGAACCGGCGCCGUCCGCCCCGAACAAGGCCUCCUCAAACUCCGCAAGGAAAUGGGCACCUUCGGUAACCUCCGUCCCUGCAACUUCGCCGCCCCCUCUCUCGUCGAAGGCUCCCCUCUCCGCGCUGACGUCUGCCGCGGCGUCGACUUCAACAUCAUCCGUGAAUUGACUGGUGGUAUCUACUUCGGCGACCGCAAGGAAGACAACGGCGAUGGCUACGCGCUCGACACGGAGCCGUACUCGCGCGCCGAAAUCGAGCGCAUUACCCGUCUCGCGGCGAACAUGGCCCUGCAGCACAACCCACCUCUCCCCGUGUGGAGCUUGGACAAGGCUAAUGUGCUCGCGACGAGUCGGUUGUGGCGUAAGGUUGUCACGGAGGUUAUGGAGAAGGAGUUCCCGCAGGUGCAGAUCGGACACCAGCUUAUUGACUCUGCGGCUAUGAUCAUGGUGAAGGACCCGAGGAAGUUGAAUGGCAUUAUUGUUACUAGCAACUUGUUUGGUGAUAUUAUCAGUGACGAGGCGAGUGUUAUCCCUGGUUCACUGGGUCUGCUUCCCAGUGCCAGUUUGAGUGGUAUUCCCGAUGGAAAGAGCAAGGUAAACGGUAUCUAUGAGCCUAUUCACGGCUCCGCCCCCGACAUCGCCGGCAAGGGCAUUGUCAACCCUGUCGCCGCCAUCCUCUCCAUCGCCAUGAUGAUGCAGUACUCCUUCAACCGCAUGGCCGAGGCCAAGGCCAUCGAGACCGCUGUGCGGAACGUGAUCGAGGCUGGUGUCCGCACUGGUGACCUUGGCGGCAAGUCGACGACUGCGGAGGUUGGUGAUGCUGUGGCUGCGGAGUUGGAGAAGCUGCUGUAG